AUACCGGGUUUGCAAGCUUGAUUAAAAAUGGCUGCUAUUACAUCCACAUUUGAAGGUAUAUAAACGGCCAGUUUCAGUGAGAAAGUAUUCAUUUAGAAUCACCUUACUGACAGACAAGAUGAAGAGCAUUUCCGCCACUCUGAUCGCCGCCAUUUUCUGCCUCGGUCUGACCGGGUGUCUUGCUGAUGACUUUGAUGACUUCGGUUAUCAGUCUGCGUACUACCCACAAUACAGCACCGGAUAUGCCAGUGGUGUUUCCUCGGGCAUGGGAAUGGGCCAUGGAUACCAUGGAUAUGGAAAGGGUCAUGGAUAUGGAAAGGGAUACGGAAAAGGAUAUACCGAGGAGACCAUAGUUCGUGCCCCAAUGAUGCCAAUGCAGAUGCCAAUGGCCUUCCCACCUCCAGCACAGAGUGGUCUUGGAAAUGGUAUUUUUGGAGAGGGAACCGGAAAUGGAGAGAUCGGACUCCUUUUGUUCGCCCUUUUCGUCCUCCCUGUAUUCCUGACCGGAAGUAACGGCCUCCUCGGCUAGAAGGCGAACGAUGUCGUCAUCAUCUUUGUCAGUCAACGCAACAAUACUUUUAAACAUAUCGCGCAAUAUCACCUAUAUGCCUGGUCGGCCUGUGGAAAUCCUUAUUUAUGUUGUUAUUGUUAAUGAAAAAAACCUUACAUUGAA